GGUGAACACACACUGAAACUCACAGACGGCAGAGGAGACGGUAAUGCAGGAGUUUCUGAGGGUCUCCUGAGGGUCUGUGGAGCUGCAGAUUCAGAUUCUUCAUCUCAGCUGGCGGGUGAGGAUGGAGGGCGUUCUGGAGACUGCGCUGUCUGUGUGUAUGUUCAGACUGAUGAUCAGUGUAUUGUUGUGUCCAUCUAUACUCACACACAGCACCACUGCGGUCAGUCUGUGCUGCUGCUGCCUGGUUCUCUUCACAGACCUCGCCGUCACCUUGUUCCUGCUCUACAUGUGGCUGGUGGAGUUCUGGACGAUUCCCUUUUCAGUGUCCUCAGACGUCAUCGGCCUGCGCUUCCUGCUGUUUCUGUGUCAGUCUUAUGCAGUGGUGCUGCUCUUAACACCUCCUCUGAUGGCUGUGGAGAUGCUGCUUCAUAUGCUGCAGCCUCAAAACGCAGGUCAAUCCCACCACAAGCAAUGCCUUUCUAGGAUCAUCGGCUUCUUGGGAUGUUGUCUAGCAUGGACGGUGAGCGCGCUUUACUGCAGCCAUGACUGGACGCUGGAACGGAUGUCUGUGGAGGAUUGUCUGAAGAAAGAAGGAUGGCUUGUGUUGUGCCUUCCCCAUUUUGAUGACUUAUACAGCGCUCUUCUUGCACUGGUGGUCCUGUUGAGUUUGACAGGGGGUUUAAUCGAGAUGAAGGCGUCCCGUAGAACACCUCAAGAUGACAUCAAGCUUAUGCAUACGUCACUAACUCUGGUAGAAUGUGAAAAGGCCGCCGGCAGCUGUGCUGUUCACAGGGUUGGGUUUGUGUACAGUGAGCCGCGAUGGUUGUGUCCUCAGAAUGAUGCGCUGUGCCCUGAACAAACCAGUUUGACAGACGGUUACAUCCAGAAACAAAGGCAAUCAGCCGGCCGUGCUGUGUUUGCGCAGUCUAAAAGUGAUCUUCUGCUGGAGGUCUCAUCACUGCUGUGUAAAACAGAUCAGCGGAUCUCUAACUGCACACACUGCCGCCUUCAUAAAAGGGAAAGUCCCUGCUUGGGGCCAGAAAUGUUCACAGGGUUGGUAUGCGUGGCUCUGCUUUGCUGUUUUCCCACAGUCGUCAGCAGUAAUGUUCUUCUAAUCUUUAACCUGGAGAAGCUGGUGGCGUACAGUUUGAAACUCUUAUCUCUGUCAGUCAAAAGACGCCCGCUUCUGUAAAUGAUGUUGGAAAAAAAACUCUGAAUGACCUCUGACACUGGAUCUGUUUUGGAAUUGAAGAAACUGGAUUAUUAAAAAGAAAAUUUACACAAAAAAA